AUGGACUUAUCAACAGAGUCAGAGAAACAACAUCUGAUUGAGACUCAUUUGGAGCCUUUAAGAUGGACGAGUUCUCCUGGUGAAAAUUAUUCAGACUCGCCAUCAGAUUUUAGUGAAGAUGCCUCCAGUGUGGAAGGCCUGGGGCAGCCUGACUGGCUCUGCCAGGAGACGAACGUGAUGUUAAGGGCUGAAAGUGACGCCAGAUGUUUGGCCAGAAGGAAGCUUCUCAUCGCCUGCGCUGUCAGCCUUGUUUUCAUGACCGGAGAGGUGAUUGGUGGAUACGCAGCUGGCAGUCUGGCCAUCAUGACAGAUGCAGCACAUCUUCUGACUGAUUUUGGCAGCAUCAUGAUCAGCAUCUUCUCUCUGUGGCUGUCAUCCAGGCCUCAGACACACGACAUGACCUUUGGGUGGCAUCGAGCAGAGAUUCUGGGCAUGUUGCUGUCAGUCAUGUCCAUCUGGGCUGUGACAGCAAUGUUGGUCAUAUCAGCCGUUCAGAGGAUCACUGACGGAGACUACGACAUCGACAGUCAGAUCAUGCUGAUAACUUCAGGUUGCGCUGUGGCGGUCAAUGUCCUGAUGGUCCUGAUUCUCCAUCAGUCUGGGGCCUCACAUGGCCACAGUCACGGCUUUCCCGCCAGCCAGCUGCAGAGGGACAAACGUUGGGGGCAUGGCCACCACCAUCACAGCCACGGCAACGCAAGUGUAAAGGCAGCUUUCGUCCACGUGGUGGGAGAUCUGGUGCAAAGUGUCGGAGUCCUGCUGGCUGCCACCAUCAUCCACUUGUGGCCUGAAUAUAAAGUAGCAGAUCCAAUUUGCACGUUCCUGUUUUCAGUUCUUGUUCUUGUAACAACAAUUCCAGUCACAAAGAAUGUUUUCAGAAUACUGUUGGAAGGCGCUCCUCAGGACAUCAGCUUCAACACUGUGAAGGAGCUUCUGCUGUCUGUGAGAGGAGUUGUGGCUGUUCACAGUUUGCACAUGUGGAGCCUCAACAUGACUCAUUCUUUACUUUCUGUCCACGUGGCCACAGAAAAAGAUGCUGACACACAGCUCGUCCUCAUGAAGGCAACGAAGCUCCUGCGCUCCGAGUUUGGCUUCUCCAGCAUCACAAUCCAAGUGCAGCGCUAAAAGGAUGACUGUGGAGACGGGUGACAGAGCAGGGGCUUCCUGCUUAACAGCCUCCUACUCGCCCCCAAUCUGACCAGUUAAUGGUGCAACUGAACAUUUGUAAAUAUCAGGUGUUUGUGGCACUGUUUACAUCAAGAAUACAUUUUUAUUUAUAAAGCAGCAGAAUGUCUGACUAUUAGAAGGACCUCCUUCUUUGCAUAGAUCUUUGUGUUUUGCACUAUUAUAAACAUAGCCAGAGCACAUGUUUUGAAGUUUACUUAUUAAUAAUGAUAUUUUAAGCUUCCACAAAAGUUGAUUUUCCUCCUUCUGCAUUUUAAGAAAUGUACAAAUCUUUGAUGCGGAUUUGUUUUUGCAACAUCAUUGUCAAUUUAUUUCAACUGACAAAUCCUGGUCAGACGGAAAUACAGUUCCUCAAACCAUAAAGACACAUAAUUACUAGGUUGUACAGUUGCACAACAAAUUCAUUCAAACAAUACGUGCAAAUAAUCAUAACACAUUCCUUUGUUCAUCUUAGUCUGGAUGGGAGUCAUAGUCAAAAUGAGCGACGCAAUAAGAAGCACACAGAUAUGAACUUGUUCUUAAUAGGCACUAUUCAGAUUUUUUAUGUUGUCAUAUCAGUUUACUUGAGUCAGAAGAGCAGGCCACAGAACCCCCCCCAAAACUUUGUAACAUCUGGACAUGAUCUGGCCCAGGCGGCACAUACAUAUUCUCACAGGUAAGAAUGUGUGAGUUAAAUUGUCCAACAUACCACAAACAUGGCAAGAAAAUCCUGGUUUCAACAAGCCUUUUUGAAAACAUCUUCAGCUUCAGUUUGUCACCUCGGGGCGUCCCCCUUUCCAGUAGUUGUUGUAGGCAUCCUGGAACAUGUUCUUGCAGGGUAUUUGGGCUUUGAGUUUGGAGCAGAUGAGGAAAGAGCCGCCCAUCUUGCGGUGGAGGGAGUACGUCUCCUCAGGAGGCGGUGUGAGUCGCUCCCUCAGCAUCACAGGGAUGAGGCUGUGGAUGCGCUCGGUGGUGCUCUGAGCUCCAAAGUCAAAGGGCUCCUCAGAGGAGAAGGCCUCCCCGAGGAUCAUCACUGCGUCCACAUGGGCGUUCUCCAUAGCCUUAUUACAGGACACAGCAGUUAAUCAACAGGCUUUAAUGCAAAAACUCUACAUUAAGGGGCUCGGUGAACGAGUAACUACAAGUUCUGUUGUUGCAAUUGCUCCUGGUUGGCAGUAGAGGUCAAUAAAGGACUUAAUACUCCUUGAAUAAAUAAAAAGUGAUUGAACGCUC